GCUUUGCAAUUGAGAGCAUCGGAAAUACACUUUGAAGCAUCUGCUGAUGUAUCACAAGUAACUGAGGUACCACGGGAAUUUACAAGUGGAAGAGUGAAGUAUUCUAAAGUUGCCGCAUAUGGAAAGAGAACGAAUUUGCCAUUAUCAUAUUUGGCGAAUUUGCUAUUGAUGCAAGCGUCUUCAUUAGGCAUACAAGAACUGUCUAGUUAG